AAAAUGGCAGAUAAAGGAAGCGAUUCGGGCGAAGAAGAAGAUCCUACUAUUGCCGAGGAUGUCGUUGUUACGAAAUACAAGAUGGCUGGCGAUAUGGCAAACCGUAAGUGUGGUGUCAAGUUUUCAGUGUCUUAUUGAUUGAAUAUUCCAAAUAUGAUGUCAGCUCGUACCGGCGUGUUCGCUCUACAAACUUCCUCUUGUUUUGUCGGACCAGAAAAUCUAACAUUCUAUGCUCAUUUAUCUGUUACUCUAUUCCCUUCAUCCGUUGACGUAACCUAAUUUCCCUCCAUUCCUUGUACUUUAAGCUUGUCGCGUUGGAAAAAAAAGGGCUACAAAGCUUGAGUAAAAUUUUACCGUUAAACCAUGUACAAACGUUGUACAUUUGAUAUAACCUCGUCACGGAUGUCCUCUCGCACUCUCAUCUCGUUAUAAUUUGAUUACCUUUUUUCCUUGUCAUUUCAAAUUAUAGAAAUCGAGCUUCAAUCAUGUUUUGGAUAUUCUUACUUUAAUUAAGUAUAUCAUAAUUAAGUAAUAGCUUCUGACAGGUACCUCUCAUAUCAUAUAGGGAAUUAAUGUCACCAAUGAGUUUUAUAAUCUUAUAUAUGAAGCUGGGGUUAAGAGGAGGCUAUGCUUCGAUCUAAAACUGCAAAUGAGUCUCAAAUCUUCCAUAUUCAAUUAUUGUGGAUGAGAGAACAACAGAUGUGUCUGCUUUACAUUUUGUUAAUGUCAAGCUCGAAAAUCAGCAUAGAUAGACCUUGUCAAGGUUUUCAAUGCCAUCUUGACAAGUAGACAAAUGCGUGAGAAAUUACAGUGUUUGUAUGAGAAUCUAAUGUCGAAUAAUUUCCGUAAAAUGGCUCUUCUGAAAAAAAAAUGAUUUCUAAACUAAAGCUUCGCUCCUAAGGAUUCUAGUGAAAAAAAAUCAAGGGCAAUACAUGCACUAGAAGACCUAGAACCACUUUUUAAAAUUUUCUAUACUUUUGUCUGUGAGAAAGUCCCAGGAAAAUUACAGACAAAUAUAUGGAAAAUCUAAAGCAAGCCUCCAGAGAAAUUUAAGAUCUGGUACACCCCCAAAAUUGUUUAGGACAAUCCUUUGCUUUGUAGCUUUAGUUUACAAUUGAUAUUUUUUUCAGAACAGCUGUUUUAUGGAAAUUAUCCGACAUUGGAUUCUCACAAACACUGUAACUUCUCACACAUUUGCCUACUCGUCAAGACGGUGUUGAAAACCAUGACAAGGUCUAUAACUGUCAUCCCCAGAAUAACUAAAAAGAAGAAAAUAUGGAUUUCAAUACAGCAAUGAGUGCAAUAUGAUAAAGUGCAACCAUUAAAAUAUAAAAUGCUGAACAACUAGUCUGCAGAGUAUGGCAGUUUUCAAUGAGAUCUUGAGCACACCGACGUUUUAGCAAAAAACAAGCCUUGUACUUGUUAUACACUUUGCAAACUGGCUGGGCAGUAUUUUUCCUGUGAUACUGGUUAUUAUGCUAUAUAAGAUGGUUAACUUUUUUUAGUAAGUGGAUAAACUAUAACUACUCAAGUGAAAACCUUUGUCUUUAUUUCAUGGCUGCUCACUUCUCCAAUGAACAGCCAUUUUUUUUUUGGCAGUACUGUAUUAUUAAGCUUUUCAUGCACAGUUAUUGGCAAUUGGUUUGCUCCAAGAUGAUUAGCCAUUUGCUAUUCACCUCCAAGGAGCCAGCAUGCAUGAAAUUAGAAAUUUCCGAGGCUAGGCAGUUUUGUAGACUUGGUCUUACCAUGGAUUUUUUUUUUUGUGUUGUAUAAAAGGUAUACUUAAGAAAAUCAUAGAGGCUGCAACUGCAGAAACUACAGCACGAACCCUUUGUCAGUUAGGAGAUAACCUUAUCGAUGAAGAAACUGGUAAAGUGUAUAAAAAAGAAAAAGAACUCAAGAAAGGUAAAGUGGCGACUUUUUAUCUUGAUCUUCUUUCUCUCUCUUUUGGAGUCAAUAAUGAGGGGGUGCCAGGAAAAUAGCCCAAAGUGACUGCUGAUAAUUGGCAGUCUCCUUCCAAGUUCUUUUAUGUUUUCUUGUGAAACAAGCGAAGGAUUUCUCUUUAGAUCAGUAGUAAUCAAAUUUUGAAGAAACUCUGAGCCCAUCUUCUACCCAGCCAUUCAACUUUGGAGGUAUCUAAUUAGGGUUUGCAAAUUUCUCUCACCUCUUGAUGUCAGUUGGUUGAAAUGCUAUGCUGCGGCCAUUUAAAUGAAAUUUUCUUUCGGUAGUGGUUAUGUCUUUGUGCUGAUGGUUCUCUCUCUUUUUUUUCCAGGUAUUGCAUUUCCAACGUGCAUCUCAGUAAACAACUGUGUCUGUCAUUUUUCACCUCUUAUGAGUGAGCCGGAUAUCACUUUACAGGAUGGAGACCUUGUCAAGAUGUGAGACGUUAGCAUUUUAUUCAUUGUUAAUUCAUAUAGCUAGGGAUAAGUGUCCACGCAAACAAAGCUUGCAACUUUUUUGUAAUAGACAGUGGGCAAAGAAAGUAGUGUCCGAUAGCCCAGGACUAGUGGAUUUUGCUAUCGGGGUAGUGAAUUCUGUUCUUAACUUGCCCGACGUGCAAGUGAAGUUUUUUGAGGAACUGAAAUUACAUAAGAACUGUGUAAUCAAUCCUGCUUAUCAAAAAGUUUUUGGGGCUAGUUGAGAUGAAUUUCGAGCUAGUGCAUGCUAGCUAGCUACAGCUUGCCUGAAUGGCAAACUGUAAAACUGACUUUAAUUUCUUGCACCCGGAUAGGUAAAUAUUAGAUUUUAUCCUUGGUGUCAAAUUCUUGGCAGAGUUACUUGAGUGAUGGGUGCAGGGCUUUUGAAUACCACCAUGUCCUUUAAUUUAGUUGCCCUCAAAUUUUGCUUUCCUGGGUCAAUUACAAGUUUUCAUAGGUUUGUUUAUGUUUUUUUUUUUAAGUCCAUACCCUUACCCGGCUGUUUUCACAGGCUGAACUGGUCAGGCCUUUUUUCAAGUCCUCAUGGGUGGAGGAGAGGGUCAGCAGAUUAUUAUGACAAACCUUUUUAUGGGAUAGUCUACUGAAAUAAUCAGAGGGUAAUGAUGGACAAAGAACUUUUUGCUUCAUGCUGUGAAGUUUAUUAUUUUCCUUCUCUUCUUUCAGAGACUUUGGUGUUCAUAUUGAUGGAUAUAUUGCAGUAAUUGGACAUACAAUUGUUGUGGGAGCAUCAAAAGUAAGCUGAAAAUGCUACAUAGCUAAUUUCCUUGAUUUUUUUGGGGGGGAAGGGGUGGGGGAGUUGAGCUACUUUCCUGGAUUAUGUGGCUAGGAUACUUAUGGAAGGGGACGUAUCUUCCCCUUCCCUGUCCAGUUAAGUCUUGCCAUCUUUCCAGACAGUCUAAUAUGGCAGUGAUGGCUGAAAAAUUUUUGACAUUCUUUGGUUUCCUAAGCAGCACACAAAGGUUGUUUCCUGUCAUAUUCAGCUCAACUCACCUAAAAGGUCCUGGUGCUUUUGCAACACACUUCCUGUGAAAGUGGUGAAUCCAACCCCCAUAUGUAGUAUUAACACUUCAUUGACACCAUAAACAUUUUAUAAUAUAAUAAUGUUUCACAGGACAAUAAAGUGACAGGUCGCAAAGCUGAUGUGAUUCAAGCAGCAUACUUAGCUUCUGAAGUAGCUCAAAGACUCGUCAAGGCGGGUAAUGAGGUAAGGCAUCAUCUCAUUAUAAUAAAGGUUUGGUUCUAUCUUUUUUGUAGUAACAGCACCAGUAUUGUAAUCUUAGGCUGGGUAUCCUGUGCAUAUGCCACAAAUGUAAAUUUUUUAAAAUAAGAAAUUGCAACUUGACACGAUGUUAAAUUAUUGUUGCAGAACUAUACAGUAACAGAUCAAAUACAAAAAGUAGCAGAGGCAUUUCAAUGCAAGCCUGUUGAAGGUACUGUUAAGUAUUCUUGGUUGUUAUUAUUAGUAAAACAAAAUUAGCCUUUGUAAAUAAAUUACACAUUAAAGUGACAAGGAUGUCAUGAAAUUGCCAGGGAUUUCCCCAGCUCACUAUGAGCAUCGCCCAUUGGCUGUUUUUAUAGGGGAAAAGAGGGAAAGAGAUGUUCAAUUCCCCAAUUUGCUUAUACAACUGAGUUAGUAAGGUAGAUAGGUCAUUGUAGGAAGAUAGAGAAGCGGAGGUUUUGAACACUAGCCCUUCAUUAGUGCAAGCAAGAUCUCUGUUAGAGCUAGGUCUUAAUGGGCUACUCUAUCCCUCUAUGGUGGCCAAUCUGCCUUAUACCAAAUCUUUGUAUUUCACUCUGGCAUUAAUGCAACAGCAUACUUCCUCUAGAAACUAAACUCUUCUUUUAUUUGUUGAAUUCCCUACCUACUAAUUAUCUGGUAACUUGAAAUAUCUGUGACAGCUACUGCACCUGUGGUACAUGAAGUCACUGCACAAGUGUAACAAGCACAAGAGAUUGUUUCAAAUUUUUGGCAGCUGAUAAUUCCAUGUCUCAGUCGAGAGAGAGUGGUAAUCACCAGAUAUAAACGUAAAUGGCUUUUUACGCCUCUCAUGGAGCAGUCUUGUUCCAACUUCAGUUACCAUAUCUGUCUAGUUUUGGUUCUUGUGUAGUCGCAGUACUCUGUUAAAGUGCUAUUCAUCAAUUUCAUUGAAUAAUAUUUUGUGAAUAUUAAUUUAGUUUUAUUUUGCAAGGUAUGUUAUCGCAUCAACUGAAACGAAACAUUAUAGAUGGAGAAAAACAAAUUAUUCUCAAUCCAUCAGAGCAACUCAGGUAAUCCAUUUUCUAAAGGGUAACAUUACUGUCCAUGUCACUUUGGUCAUUAUUUUAUCCACAAAUUCUGCUUUUUGAGGAGGGAAGCAGCUUCUUUUAUAGAAAAUAGUUUAUGUUUGAAAACUAGAAGAGAAGGGGCCACAGGAUGCUUUAUAUGGACAGAACUUUUUGAUCAAUAUAAGAUUGCAAACAGCCCAUGUCUUGCAUACGUCAAGAACACAAGCAGUCAAAACAAUAAGAAGUGUGGAGGGAAGGUGAAAACAGAGAGUAAGACUAUGGAGGGAUGCAAAAGAAAUGGAACAGACUAAAAAAAAAUAUGGGUGUCUAGCUGAAGCCUCCACACCUCAUGCAAGAACCUCUUGCUGGCACUUUACACCUUGCGAAACCAAUUUUGAGAUAAAAAUGCCUUUUUUGUAGUCUAUAGAAUAUAUCUGCUAUUAAUAUCUUUUAAAAGUGAGCAGCUGAAGUCAAUUUCACACAAUAUUUGUCUGUAAACUGUUUCCCCUAAGACUUCGAUUUUUGCCAAUCAAAAAACAAGUUGAACUAUCUUGGUGAGAUUCCACUGCACUGGGUUUUACUAGGCUUUGUUCUUGUUAAAAAGGGUUUGCAGCAGAUUUUCAGUUGAAUUAAGAUUUUAGUUCAAUGUUUUUGUCUGUCUUUUUUUUACCUAUUUUUGCCUGGCCAUUUCGACAGAAUGUAAGUAAUUAGAGUUGUGUUGUUUUGACAGGAAGGACCAUCCCAAAUGUGAGUUCGCUGUACAUGAUGUGUUUGCAGUCGACAUCCUUGUCAGCACAGGAGAUGGGAAGACUAAAGAUAAAGACACCCGAACAACAGUUUACAAGAAAACUGAAAAUGCAUACAGCUUGAAAAUGAAGGCAUCUAGAGGUAUGCAGACUUUAAAAAAAUGUAUAAUACCGGGUAACUAAAGUACUAUACUAUUAAUUUUGAAGCCCAGUCGGCUCUAAUCCUAUGUGGGUUACUGUACAAUGUAAAUGCUUAAAUGUGUGAGUUGUCCUGGAAAAUUUACCAUCCAUGGAUUACAUUUAGCACAUACAUGAAUGUUAAGCCCCUCAACCAAGGCAUUCUUUCUUGCCAGGACUAUAGCAUAGCGAAAAACAAGGCUAGCAAAAACCAUUUUAAUUUCACAUAGAUCAUUUAAUUUACAUAUGGUUUUUGAAAGUAAUAUUUUCUUGGACAAGUCUCUAAUGAUUAUUGCUUUGGACUCCUCAUUGACCUCCCUCUCUCCCAUACACACAGUGUUACUAUAUAUCUCCAGCCACAAUUGGAGUCUUCGCUGUCACACUUCUUUCACCUACAUAUGACUUCCCCCAAGCUGUACCCUGUGCUUUCUGCACUUAGCUUAGUUGUAUUUGAGUAUGAUGUCCAGGCUCAUCCCUGCAGGCUGGGGUCACUAUGUUGUGUUCUUGGUCAAGACACUUUACUCCCAAAGUGCCUUGCUCCACCUGGGUGUUUGAAUGGGUACCAGCAAAUGCUGAGGUGAACCCUGCUAUGGAUUAGCAUGCUGUUCUGCAGCGGGGAGUAGAAAUAUUUCUAGCUGCUUCGUGCUUUGGAAACUGGGAUAAGUCACCUGGCUAAAACCCCAACUGGCUUUGAGGCACAGUUUCAUAAACUAUUUGGAACUAUUCUUAAAUGACAUCUUUUUGUUGCAGUUUUCUUUAGUGAUGUGUGUAACAAAUUUACCAGUAUGCCUUUUACACUUCGGUAAGUAUUCUGUUGCUUGUUUCUGGUUCCCAUCCUGCUUUUUCUGAUUUUGACUCCUGAUUUCAAUUGACCAGGAUGAUCAAAGGAUUCUUUGGGGUUUGAAAUUUUAGAUACUGGAAUUUCUUUGGGUGGCUUGAUUUGAUUAGAGUUUUUUUGGGGUAUUCAAAAUAAUGUGAAGUAGUGCCUGUGUAUCCCAGUCUGUGUGCCUGCGUGGUUAAGCGCCUGUGUAUAGCAAGCACCUAGGCAACAAUGGAAAGAGGGAAAAGGCAUCUUCCCAUAGUACCCCACCCACUUUCUUAUUAUUUGUAAUCUUUCAACAGAGCAUUUGAAGAUGAGAAGAAGGCAAAAAUGGGUGUAGUGGAGUGCAGGCAGCACGGUCUUGUAGAACCCUUUAAUGUCCUUUGGGAAAAAGAAGGUUAGUUCUGGGCUUAAACUUUAAGCUUGCACAUUAUUGCAGCCAAGAAGGGAUUUUAAACUUGGACUGAAGGGAGGGAACAUAACCCAAGUUCAGACAGAGAUAGUAGAUAUUGAUUGCCUUGCUGUUCCUUUUCUCAAGUUAACUUAAGAUUUGGCCAUUUCAUGUCUUAGUUCUCCAGAGAUUGCAUAUAAAUAUAAGUGUGAAGCACAUGCAGAGUUUUUGUUUUGCUUUUUUUAAGUCCCAGUUGCCAUCGCUGUCAUCUUUUCAUAAUACUCUUCUCUUCGUGAUCAUUGACAUUUUUCUCUUUUCAGGUGAAUAUGUAGCACAGUUUAAAUUCACACUGUUACUAAUGCCCAAUGGCACAAGCAGGUGAAUAAGAGUUUGUCAUUACUUUGUAGUUGCCCUGUAAGUGGUCCUGUGAUUUAACCAUUGCUGGACAUUAUUUUGAAACCGGCUAUCUUGACAUUAAAAAAAAAACUGCAUAAAACCAUCAAGGAAAAAUUAAAAAGAAAAGGAAAGACAAAAAAGUCACCUGUUCAGGCGCCAGUGUUUUUAGGGCAAAGGAACAAAUCUCGAGGAUGCGCAAGAGGAGAAAAGGAGAGGGUGCCCCUUUGUGUGUUCCCCUCUCGCAGCCUGAAUAAAAUAAUUACUGGCACCUGCUAUGCAGGCUAACAAAAAAGGCACAGGUGGACAAUAUGAAAGAUUAACAGGUUAAUAGACUUUGCUGAUGAGUGGGUGGUUUUGCAUUGCUCUAUGCAGUGUACCAAACAGAAAACACCUCAAGAAAGUAAUGGGCCAAAUUUUGGUGGCAGGGAAACACUCUAAUCUUGGGGUAAGGGAACCAGGAGAGAAGCCAUCCUGGGGGAAGUCAAGAUCAAGUGGUACCGCGGGUAACCACCCUGGACAGGAGUCCUGAUCAGUCUCCAGGGUGGGGGAGGGGGCGCAGGAGUCCCAUAUCCCCUCAUCUCAAGGAACUAAGGGGAACCAGAAGGGGGGCCCUCCUGGGUGGAGAACGGAUCAGGCUGGUCCAUUCUCUAGGGCCUGGUUCCUUGUUUAACCCAGGAUUAAGCAAAAUUUUAAGCAAGGGUUUUCUUGUAUAAGAACAUGUAACUCCAGCUUACAAAAUACUGUUUGGGCUUUACUCCAAAAUACAGUAAUGAUAGCACAAAAUGUGACUCUGAGCAAUUCAUAGGAAGGUAAAAUACAAAAAUGGAACAAGAUUUUAAUACUGGAUUAGUGCUAAUCGGCCUUUUAGGAACUGGGCCCAGGUUAGCAUUUCUUCAAACUUAAUCAGUCCCUGCCAUCUCUGACUUUGAAUUACAAGGAGUUACCUGCGAUUUUGUCACUUAAAUUAUUUCUUUGCUAAUGGUAAUUUCCGUAGCUAGUAAUACACUGGAGUUGUGGCCAAUUUUUGGCAAAACUAAACAAAAUUGACAAACUGCCAUAAUUUACACCAUGCAACUGUUUUCUCUAGGAUAACACAAGGGCCAUUUGAUCCAGAAAUAAUUCAGUCAGAGUAUUCAAUACAAGAUGAGGAAAUCAAGGUAAUAUUUUGACGCAUACAUUAGUGAUCAUCCAAAUUUUACACAAACCUGAAUUUAUGCACUUAGUUCUUUCUAUCGUCUCUACCAAAUUAAACACAGUUUAUAUUAAUGAGAAUGAAGAGAACAAUAUAAUUUGUUGUCAGAAAUAAAAGUAGUGCUUCACUUUUUGUGCAAAUUAUCUUCAUUAGUUCUGUUAAACAGUGUCACCCCUCCCCCUCCAGUUAAUGAGUUUUCUUAAAAGGUGUCUAAUGCUUCCUACCUUAGUCUUAUUUAGAAAAGUAAUUUAACAGAACCCACUUUCCAAUCAGGAUCCAGCCCAGAGUUGGCUUAAUUAAAUCAAGGAAUAAAUUUCCUGAAAUGCGCAUCUUCCAUCCAGUCCAACACAACAGCUUGCCAGGGCAGGUUACUAUGUGGAAAGAAAGUACAAGCAGCCUAAGCCCACCUACAAUAUAAUGACAUCUUCUAAGAUCAGCCUAUUACAAGAACCGUGAACUAUUUCAGACUUUGCAGUCAGAGUACAAAUGAAGCUGCGCUGCCUAGGAAUUGGCUGAACCAUUUAUAAUCUUGUGCCUUGGACUCAAUUUGAAGCAUUGAACUGGACCUGUUAUAAUCAACAUUACACCAUUAAUUGCAAAAAACAUAAUAAGGGACCGGGAAAUAGUUAGGGUUGUAGUGUUGUAAGAGCAGCAGUAUGGAAUAGCUUGGUCUGAUGGUUUAGAUGUUAUCAAGAUGUUAUUAAAAAUUUUUGCUUUGGUCUUCGACUAUAAUUUCCAGGGUAUCCUUGCAACAUCAGCAAGUCGAAAAACACAAAAGAAGAAGAAAAAGAAGGUAAGAAAAGGAAUGUUUAAAGAGUUUGAGAGUCAUAAGUGCAUUCUGUGCACAUGCAGAGUGACUGAGUUUUAGAAUUCAUUGCACAAGUCAAGUUAUAAUUACUGGCUUAAUUUUUUUUUUUUUUUUUUCAUGAACAUGACUUAACCAAUGAGGUGCUCAAAUUGAUUUUUACAUUGAUUCAGCUCUUAGAGUCUGUUAUAACAAUGAUAAAUAUUUAACAAUAAUAUCCGAGGUUAGCUGAGUGUGAUAAUGUAGAACAGUGAGGCAGUUUUGGCGGGUAACACCCCUCCUAAGUUCCUGUGCCUGACAUCAUUCUUCAUAUUACAGGGUAAAUUUUGAAAGCCAAAUUCAGUAAUGUUGUUUCAUAAUUUUACUUAAAAUUAAUGUUUAUCUUCCAUUGUCAGCUGCAGUGGAUAGUUACAAAAAAAUUAGCCUGGAGAAUUUAUGCUAAUCAGUGACAGAGAAAAAUAAUGAUUAAUUUAAAAUGAAUUAUUUUUAUUCUGUUCUACAGGCAUCAAAUAAAGCAAGUGAUGCGGUUGCAGCAGAAACUAAGAAUGAUGCUGAAGCUGACAACUAAACUGACCACUGCCAUCUCGAUUUUGACUUUACUUCUUCUGAAGAACCAGAUUGCUUUUUUGCAACAUUCUUGUCAGACUGUCGUGAAAGUUCACCUGCAUAAUUGUCUAUUUUGUCAUCCUCUUUUUGCUGAUUGAACAACUGCCACCCAAAAAAACAACAGUAGAUUGAAUAAAGUUUGCUCUUACUCUA